AUGAAUACUACUCUUUAUAAUAAUCACCAUCAUCAAUAUACCAACAACAACAACAACAACCCAACUACUACAUCAACUACAACUACUACCACUACAUCUACUGGAGGCUCUGCAUACAACUCUCCCACGGCUUCAAGUAUAAUACCGGUCAAACAAGAAGCAGCCAUUGUAGAGUUGCCAACUGAGGCCAAUGAAGCCUAUCAACUAAUAAAAGAGCUAUGUGGUGUAAUAUGGCAGUCGAUUCAAGUGGACAAGAACUACUUUGAAUGCGACGGUGAGCCCAACCUGGACGCAUUCGUCCAGCUCUUCCUGGAGAACGUCGGACCCAUCGACCAGCCUGGCCUCGUUCAAUAUCUGGAGGACUACAUCGAUGUGAUGGGCGACCUCAACUCACUGACCAAGGAGCACUUCAAGUCCAUCGACCUGUACUACAAACGCUAUGUCUCUGUCCUGAAGAACAGCUCAUUCGAGCCAUGCACUCUAAACUCAAUGCGAUGCAAGUCCAAGAAGAACAACAAUCUGGCCAAGGACUCGACCAAGGUGCUGCGCGACUGGUUCAUCAGCAACCUGGAGAAUCCCUAUCCGACGCAGGCCGUGAAGGAGCAGCUGUCCAACCUGUCCGGUCUGUCUGUGCAUCAAGUGUCCAACUGGUUCAUCAACUCGCGUCGACGCAAUCUCGCCCGACUUCGCAAGCAGCACAACAUUGUCGUCAACGAUGAGCAGGCGGCAUUGCAGGAGUCAAAUGCUGCCGCCAGUGGCAACUAA